UUAGAAACCGCGGAUCGAUCGGAAUUGUGUUGGCUUCAAGAAUAGUGAUCAAAACAGUUUGGUGCGAAUAAAACAUAUUUCUCUAUGCAAAGUGCUCUACAUGUCUGUGAAUAUACGAUUUUUGAUUGCUAUCUAUAAGUUUGAUAACUAAAAUCGACGUUUAUCAAAUGCAAAAUUGUUUCAUACAAAAGUGAUGUUCACGGUUGUUCAAUUCAUUUAUAAGCAAAAAUUACACGUUCUGACUGUGCCAUUCAGCUGGAUUAGUGGUGACUCGCUGAUGCUGCCUGAAUCGUUAGACGAUUUUGUAGAAAAGCUGCGUGUCCAAGGAAAUCCUUACAAUGGACCUACAAAAAUGGUUCCGGCAAUUGUCGGUGAACAAUAUGAAACCUUCGGUGAAGCAGUAAACGCAGCAUCGUCGUUAGACCCAAUCGUCAGAAACAUUACUAAUAGCAUUUUAAUGUAUCAAGAGCAAGAUAAAGAUAGUCAAGAAAGUGACAUUGAUAUGUCGACUGGCAUGGCAUCAGAUCCUCAGCCAAUCCAACAUGCUUCUCUAAAGCUUGAAGCGGAUGAACCUGUAUUCUACGACAAUGAACCCACUACAGAGGUCAAUACUAAUAACAGAUCUUUAGAACAAUCGGACGGAGUUACUCGUGCAGAAUUAAGAAAAGAGCUAAGCUAUUUGAAGGAAGACCUGAGAAUCAUGAUUCAGACAGCAGUCCGGACUGCAGUCGAGGAAUGCUUUCAGUCUGAUAAGGACCGUUUGGCGGCACCAAUAUGGAGGCCGUUAAAGGCUUCUAAACGCGCUGUCCAGUUAGACAUGCCGGUAGAAACACGAAAACCUAUAGAAACCGAAGAGCAGCUUGCACAGUGGAACGUUGAAUUGGCAGACGAAUUCCUUUGUGAAAAAUACUAUAAGUAUUUUUCCAAAAUCGUCAGACCACACUCGUGCGUCGGAGAAGGUGAUAACGCUUGCUAUACCAUCGUCGAUUGCCUAUUUACACGAUCCUUUUGGAACCAUUUCACAUGGACUGGCGUUAAUCGAGGAGAAAAGUCGAAGCGUGGCUUUCGAGAGUUUGGAAAUGUGACUCAACUGUUGGUUAACAUUGUCUGUAUUGGUGAUCCGACGUACACGUCUCAUAAGUUGGAAAAGUUUUGCAAAACCCGACUGUUUCGGUACUCGAAAGCGCGAGCUUUAGCGAAAAAAAUGCGCCGUUCUGCUUGUCGUCCGGGUCGUACGCGAGCAGCGGAACAAGGAAAGGCUGAUUCCGACUUCAUGAUUAGCGCUAUCCAUUUUGAUGGGAAAACAACUGAUUAGAGAUAUCUUACACAUAUAGUCCUACCAGCUACUAGUUAUGUAUAUUCUGCAUUCCGAUCAAAAAUGAUUCUGAGCUAUGGUCUGGUGCAUUCGACAUCUGUAUAAUACAUUUUGUAAAUAAAAAUUGGCAACGGUCAAAAAUGGC